CAACUAAAGGCCCCUGCUUUGUUCACGAGCCUCUAAGUGUGACGUCAGAUGUUGAGGCUACUGAAAGACAAGCAUGUAUAACUUUACGGCUUCAGCAGUUCGGUGCCAUUUAUCAAGCAUGUAUUUCCACCGGCAACAAGUGCACGUACCACGCCUCAGGAAUCCUCAACAGCGACUUGCAUUGCGACUUGGAUGUCUGAUGAAGACACAUGUGUACAUAGAUGAAACGUCAGGUUUAAGAAGUUGGAUGAACACCCAAACAUGAGGGACAAACCCGCGCAGUCAGAUGAAGUGUUACUGGACUUGAAGUAGGAGCUAUUGUAGGUAUCCGAAGGGAGCUGGUGCGACCAAGGGAGCUUCUAGUCUCGCUUUGCUGUAAAGGAUAGGCAGGAGAAUAAUGUUCCGACUUGCCGAUUCAUCCAUGGGUCACUUGGAGCCCAAGACACCCGGACUGACCUCAGAUCAGAUGAACCCCACCUACUCACUCUACGGAAUGAAAACUCUCCCAUCACCAAAGGGCUCACCCAACCCAGAGAGCUGCCUGAAGAUGAGUAGCUCCAGCCCCAAGAAACACACCAACCAAGACGCGUUCCACUACCAGGGAGAAACGACGUCUAACGCCUCAUGGGGCGCGGCUCCCCCUUACACUGGAUUCCAAACGAGUUCGGUGUCGUCUGGGGAAGUAGCAAAGCGCCCUCAAUCGAGCAAUGGAGUUGGUAGGUCCGCGUUGAGUCCAAUGGAGGAGCACCUUGGAAAGCAACUGAGUGACCAUAUUGGCACGGCUGUUGAACAGUUAACAGAGUUUUCGAAAACCAAAAUGGAAAAGAGAAGUGAAUCAGCGACAGCGGAAGAGCAAGCAACGGGGCCAGUAGACGAAAGCAACGGCGAUGGUGAUGCGGGCAAGAAGCGAAGACAACGCCGUCAGAGGACGCAUUUCACCAGCCAGCAGCUGCAAGAGCUGGAGGCACAUUUCGCCCGGAACCGCUACCCGGACAUGUCAACUCGAGAAGAAAUAUCAGCCUGGACAAACUUAACAGAAGCAAGAGUUAGGAUUUGGUUUAAGAAUCGUCGUGCAAAAUGGCGUAAACGAGAAAGGAAUCACAUGAACGAGUUGAAGAACGGGUUCGGCGCUCAAUUCAACGGCUUGAUGCAACCAUUCGAUGACGGGCUCUACUCCGGGUACUCCUACAACAACUGGGCCGCUAAGUCCGCCUCAAACCCCCUCGGAGCGAAGAGCUUUCCAUGGUCGCUGAAUUCCGUCAAUCCCCUUGCCGGAGUAUCAAACCAACCCAUGUGUUUCAACUCUCAGACGUCGAUGAGUUCUAGUUUCCCUUCCUCACCGGUGAACGGUGUGAUGAGCCAUCAGAACCUGAACAAUUCACCCGGGGCUGCGGCGUGCCCGUACGCAUCAGUACCGGCCUCUCCGUACGUCUACCGGGAGCCUUGCUCGAGUAGUAUUGCCUCCCUUCGCCUUAAAGCCAAGCAACAUUCGACAUCAAUGAGUGGAUUUAGCUACCCCGUCCGGCAAUCACCAACUCUAUCAGCGUGUCAGUAUGCCGGACUCAACGGCCCAGCAUGAAUGAGAUAAAGUCUGAACCAAACAAACUUUAUCCUCAUCUGGCUUUCAAUUCAGGUUUAUGAGAGGCUUUUGAAGGUGAUGUGCAAACAGUAUUCAGCCCUUGAUAUGGUCACAAACAAAAUAAGUUUGGUAUAAAUAAAUCGGGUGUUAUCGGGACUUAUUGUACGCCGACUAUUGUCGUCUGCUAUUUUUAAGAGGUUGGCUAUGACGUCAUCACGUCCUGUUUUGCGAUUGGUCAAGCAGCGAUGCUAUGGAGGGGAGCCAUCUUGAAUAUUAAUACAACUGGAAGAAGUUGCUUUCUUGCUGUAUGUGCAAAUACAAAACCAUCACUCUAACACAUUUGUUGGUAUUUCAGCCAGAACAAAUUAUUGCAAGUUGGGUUUUUUUUUUUUUUUUUGGCACCACAGUAUAAAUACAACAGAAAAGGUCACAUUAUCCCAAAGAUUUUGAGCACAGAUUUUUUGUAUGUAUCAAAGUUAAGCAUCACAAUCUGAUUUUGUAAGAACUUUAUGUAUUUCCGUGACGGAAAAAAGGGAAAGCUUGUUACCCUAUACUGCUAAAAUAAUAAUCAAAAGUGAAAAGUAAACACAAACAAUAAUCAAAUAAUAACCAAAAGUAAACAGACACUGAUAAAUAAGUCAUAAGCCAAAAGUAAACACAAACAUUCGUACUCUCACAUGGGAUGCUCCGCUGUUUGGUGUUUCCCUGCGAUUGUGAAAUUUUAGCGAAGAAUUUUACAAUGGACCAUGCCCAUUGAGUGAAUGGUAUGUGUUUACUUACGUGAAAUUACGGCAAGGAAAAUAUUCAAACACAUAAUCAAUAUUUAUGACCGGGAACGGUUUUAGGGUGUACAUUUAAUGACAUAUCUUUUCGUUUUUCUUGUGACGAAAAUCAAUUGUACUUUAAUCGCCAAAGGAUUUGAUAGAAGUAUAAAAGGUUUGUAUGUAAUUAGAUGUCAAAGUUUCUAUAUAUUGGAAAGAAACGGUUAAAAAAAUCAUUAUUAAAUUGAUUGAAAAAUGUUUUUCUGUCAAAAUUUAAGAAGCAAAUCUGUUUUCAUUGUGUAUAUAAGUCAACAAACAGGGUUUACUUUAUCGGAGCAGAAAUUAUAAUUUAUUAAGAUAAUUAUUUAAGGUUGCUCUUUUCUGUCUACAUUUUAAAAACAUUGUCUGUUUGUUUUGUCGGCUUUGAAUGUUUUCUGUGCUUAUUUUGUCCAUCCUUUUAAAACGGAAAAGGCAAGAAUACAGAAAAAAGUUAGUUUUUAAAUUCUUUUAACCUUGUUUAUCAUAAUGAGAACAACUAAAAACUUUUUAAAAAUUUGUUUUCGAUUUUAUAAUUCUCGGAACUGAUCUACUGUUUUUCUUUUUAAUUUAAAAACAUGCACCCCGCUAAAGACCUCAAUAACUUUCCCCCAAAUACCUCCGUGUCACAAAAGGCAACCAUGUUCACUUUACCAACACUAUCACGUGAUUAAACCAAUCUCGGUGUGUUUACAAAUAGGUUGGCUCAUUUCGCCAUCGGCUUUGUAAUCUUACGUGCGUGUACAGGAAAGGUGACCAAUGGGGACUUUUUAACCGUAAGAUUUAUUAUUAAUUAUUUAUUUAUUAAUUUUUUAUUAAAUAAAUAACGAACAAAUUGUUUUCAGUUUGCUAGAAAGAUUAACCAGUCAGUAUUUCACUUUCAGUAGUAGCAAUACAAUAACAUGGUUGAGACGAACUGUUUAUAAACCAGGGACUGAACUUGUCUCUUUUCAUUAAUCUGCUUAGACACAGAACUAAUCUGAUCAAUAGCUCUUAGCAGACUAAAAUAUUACAAGCACAAAAUACCGUAUAUCAUAAUUUAUGUCAAGUAGUUGUGAUUGGUUAAAAACUUCUCACUGCUACAGUAGUAAUAAUAUACUUAUGUCUGCCGAACAACGGCCGCCAAAAAGCAGUAUUUUCUGCUUACAUACAUACUUCUUAUAAAGACUGAGGCUAUUAUUUGAUUUUUUUUUUACCUUUUUCGCAAAAGAGUUCUAUGAACUAGGCUGAAACAAUCCGUGAAGUUUGUUCACAACUAGUUUACUUUUUUCUUUUUGCUUGAAAGAAUAACUAGUCAUUAUUUCUCUGGUCAGUAUUUCUACGGGUACAUCCACUGAAUGUCUUACUUGGAAGGAGGGUUAUCUCUAAGAGCAUUGGGUUCUGUUCACGACGUUUCGUUUACUAUAUUCUGCUUGUCUUUAGGAAACGCAUUAAACAACACCAAGAGGGACUUCUUCAUUUAUGUUUCUUUUAAUUCAAACUUCUACAUUUUACCUUGUUUAAACGGUUCACGUUGUUUUGCACUCUAUGAUAUCUUCACCUCUUAAUUAAUUUUAUUUUGUUUUUAUUUUUUAGUUUGAACAAAUUGAUUCUUGUGAAUAAACAAAUUCUUGAUUAUAAU